ACCGUUGAACACUUAUGAAGUGCGAGUCCUCAAACAUAAGUCAGAGAAAUUGCUCCCCAAAAGACAGGUAGUCUCAUAGAGUUGAAACCCAGAAUCCAACUUCAUAAGCCUCCCACAAUGUCCAAAACACUCAAGAUCGCCGUCAUCCCCGGCGAUGGCAUCGGCAAAGAAGUCAUGCCCUACGGUGUUAGAUGUCUCAAAGCCGCAGCAGAGAAGUUCAACCUCUCACUCGAAUUCCAAGAGUUCGACUUCGCCAGCUGCGACUACUACGAAAAGCACGGGAAAAUGAUGCCCGAUGACUGGAAGGAUACUCUCCAGAACUUUGACACCAUUUACUUCGGCGCAGUUGGCAUGCCCGACCAAGUCCCCGACAAUGUCAGUCUCUGGGGCAGUCUUCUCAAAUUCCGCCGCGAAUUCGACCAGUACAUCAAUCUACGACCAUGUCGCCUCAUGCCCGGUAUUCCAUCUCCCCUCGCGGGUCGCAAACCAGGCGAAAUAGACUUUUGGAUCGUGCGUGAGAACACGGAGGGAGAGUACUCCAGCGUUGGAGGAAUCAUGUUUGAGGGAACGGAGCGGGAGACUGUGAUCCAAGACACCGUCAUGACGCGCGUUGGCGUAGAUCGCGUUCUUCGCUAUGCUUUUGAUCUUGCGCAGAGUCGACCUAGGAAGAAAUUGACAAGUGCGACGAAGAGUAAUGGUAUCAGCAUCACUAUGCCAUGGUGGGAUAGUCGUGUGGCUGAGAUGAGUAGGAAGUACUCUGAUGUAGCGGUUGAAAAGUAUCACAUCGAUAUCUUGACGGCGCACUUUGUCCAACGGCCUCAGAUAUUUGAUGUCGUCGUUGGAUCCAACCUCUUUGGCGAUAUCCUCUCCGAUCUGGGCCCUGCAUGCACGGGAACAAUUGGUAUUGCGCCAUCAGCAAAUCUCAACCCAACUGGCGAUUUCCCUAGUUUAUUCGAGCCUGUUCAUGGAAGCGCGCCGGAUAUCUACGGCAAAGGGAUUGCUAAUCCUAUUGGAAUGAUCUGGGCGGGUCAGAUGAUGUUGUCGCACUUUGGGUUCGCUGAUGCUGCUGCGGGGAUGAUGGCGGCUAUUGAGACUGUGCUGGCGAGUUCGGGAGCGGAAGUCAAAACGGCGGAUAUUGGUGGUAAGGGAAAUACGCAGACGUUGGGAGAGGCUAUUGAGAAGGCGAUUCUAUCAGGCCAAUAAGACAUGGCAACACGGUAUCUAUAAGUAGACAAGAUAAGAAAUUCCUCUCUAUUAUUAGGGCACU